AAAGAAAGAAUUGAUAAGUAACUUCCGUAAUCCGGAUAAGAUAAAAUGCUCCUGAGUGCUCUUUUUCUAACAAAAGUCCAGCAAAAGUCCUAAAUGAUAUUGACAGUAAACAAGGGAAUGUGGGAAGGGACUUGGGAAUAUUGCCUUGGUUACUGGGAGAGUUUCCAGGAGACACUGAGUGACUUGGACAUUGAUUACUGGCGCUGGGUGCUUUGGGUCAUUUACCCAAUCAUCAUAUCUUUUUUACUCCCAAUUUUUAUUCUUCUGUUUCUGUAUUGUUCAGCAUUCUUUCUUCAUUUGUACAACUACCGGCACAACUUCAGAGAAGCUUACCAUCAUGACAUUUGGGAUGGAGCCAGGACGGCCAUAGCUGCAGCAUGGGAUGCUCAAGGAAGAAUCUGGCAUGGUUUUGAGAUAAAAGGUUUAGAGAAGAUCCCUGAAGUUGGUGCAGCCUUGAUCGUUUACUAUCAUGGAACUCUGCCUGUAGACUUCUACUAUCUCAUUGCAAGAUGUCUACUGGAAAGGAAAAGACAUAUUAGAGCUGUCGGUGAUAAUUUCCUUUUUCAUAUACCAGGAUUUAGAAACAUUUUGGAGGUUUUCAGAGUCACACCUGGUACUGUCCAAGAAUGUGUCAAAGUACUGAAUGAUGGACACUUGUUAGCUAUAGCACCAGGUGGAGUAAGGGAGGCCCUGUUUGGGGAUGAGAAUUACCCAAUCAUGUGGGGGAAACGACAGGGAUUUGCCAAAACUGCUAUACAAGCAAAUGUGCCAAUCAUUCCAGUAUUUACACAGAAUGUGAGGGAAGCCUUCAGAACACCCAAAAUCACUAGGUCAUGCCUUCGAAGACUUUAUGAAAAGACCCGCCUCCCCCUUGUACCAAUUUAUGGAUUUUUCCCAGUUAAAUUCAAUAUGGUUAUUGGUGAUCCUAUUUAUCCAAAAGAAGAUCAGAGUUCUGACGCUUUAGCAAAUGAGGUGAUGGAUGCUGUAGGGACUUUGAUACACCAGCAUCAGAGACUUCCAGGUAACAUACUGUGUGCCCUGAUGGACAGGUUUAUGUAGACUCUAGAGGUGAUCCGAACUUGGCUUUCAUUAAAAUAUAAUCCUCAGGUUAUAUCGUAGAAAUUACAGCUGAUUGUGUUCAACUCUGUAUUUGUUGAUGAACAUUGUCUCUUAAUGUUUAAAAGUGUGAUACUCAGAUUCCAGACUGUAGAAUGUGUUGUACUAGCUUGUUAGCUAUAUAUGUUUACGAAUUAGGACUUACUACCUGUGUCUAUGUUAUUUGUUCUUUAAAGGCAGCACCUGUAGUGGUAGAUACAUAUUACUGUAGAUAGUUUACAUUUUCAAAAAACUUGUGACGUUGCAAUGAAUUUUGAAAAUGUUAAAUUGUAACCUUUUUUUCUAGUCUUUAAAUUUUUCAUCAUAUAGAGGAUUAAGUUGCAAUACUUUUUAUAAAUUAUAUAGAUCUACUAUUAUUGACAAUUUAAAUUUUUUAAAGAAAUUCUUACUGCAUUUUUUUUCAAAAACAAGUUUCUUGAUGUAGAGGUUCUUUGGGUCAGUUUAAUUAACGAACACUCAGCAUUUUUUCUUUAAAUCUUAGUAUAUUUUCCUGUUAGAUUUGAGAUAUAAUAGAUAUGUACAUUAAUGUAUUCCAGAGGCUGAUUCUAGCUCAAGUUAUAAAAUUGUAUCAACAUAUUUAUAAUCAUGAUAAAUUUAUCCAUAAUGUCAUAUCCUCACUGAUGCCUACUUAACUUGUUGAUAUUAAAAAUGUUAUAAAAGUUUGAUAUAAAAAUAUAGUCAAUACUCUUGAAAUAAUACUGUAAUAUAAAGACAUUAAGUCACGUUAAAGUGUAAUAUUAGUUGAGCCACAUUUAAACCGAGAACUUUCAUGUGUGGACUGACUUCUUAAUGCUAUUGAUUUUAAUAUGUGCAAUAUGCAUGUACAGGUAUGUCUCUGCUAGAUACUGUAUACAGGGAAAUUUUCGUCCCCCCCUUUUUUUGCCCCCUUUGCCCUAUCCUCGUUUAGGCAAAUUCAAAAUGAGACAGAUUCAAAGAAUACAGUGUAAUUUGUUAAACAAAAUUAUGACUGGGCGAAUUUAAAACCGGACAAAACUGUUUGCAAUUGUGAAAGUUAAUUAGAGAGCAAAAAUAAUGAGGGGCGAAAAUAACCCUGUAUACAGUAUUUCAAAAUUGUCCCAACAUCACUUCCCAACAUCACUUGUUUAUAUGUAUAUGCUGCAUCUGUCUUUUUAUAUUUUCAUUCUUGGGAGAGAUUCAUUUUGUUUAUUUUCUCAGUGAAUACAUUUGAUUUCAAACAAUGAACACCUAUUUAUUAUCAAAUUUUUAUAUCAUAUUAAUGAAGUAGAGGGGUCCAACUUUAUGUCAAUUUUUUGUUGAAUAUCCAUUGUAAAUAUAUUCAAUAAUAAUAUAUAAGCACUGAACU